UUCAUCCGUCAUUCAUUCACUAUGCGCUUUUUGUGGUAAAUGUUUUUUGUUUGGAUAUUAUAAUAAUUAUAAUUAAAGCGAUAUUUUUAAUUUUGCACUUUUAUUAUACAAACUUAACACUUUGCUUUAAAUAUUUUUGAAUAAUUCUUACUCAGCCAGUAUUUAUGUUUGUGCAAGUCAAUGCCAAGUUUGUUCACACUUAAUAUGACCAGGCUCCGAGCAUGGCCUCUUCUGGGGCUGCUGCUGCUGGCAGCAGGGGGUCGUGGCACAACAGGGGAGGAACGGAAGCCCAACUUUGUGCUCAUCAUGGUGGACGACCUUGGCAUUGGAGAUGUGGGCUGCUACGGCAACGACACCAUCAGGACUCCUAACAUAGACAGGCUGGCUUCUGAAGGUGUGAGGCUGAGUCAGCAUAUUGCGGCGGCCCCUCUCUGCACACCGAGUCGGUCGGCUUUCAUGACCGGGCGCUACCCACUUCGUUCAGGAAUGGCCGGUGCGGGACGGUCGCGGGUCCUGUUAUUUCUUGGAGGUUCAGGAGGGCUCCUGUCCAGUGAGACCACGUUCGCGAAGAGGCUGCAGCAACAAGGAUACAGCACAGGCUUAGUUGGAAAGUGGCACUUGGGGUUGAACUGUGAACACAGAGGGGAUCACUGCCACCAUCCCAACACUCAUGGCUUCGACUACUACUACGGCAUCCCGUUCACCCUCCACAACGACUGUGAGCCCGGAGAAGACAGCGUUGUCAUGACGGACCUGCAGCAAACACUCCGAAACAUGACCGUCAUGCUAGGAAUUGGACUUUUCACUCUGGUGUGUAUUCACGUGUUGGGCCUCGUUGAAAUCAGUCUUUGGGUCUUGGUGCUGCUUUUCCUGCUGAGUGCACUCGCUACUGCCGUGUGGUACGUUCCAUUCAACUUCCUGUCCACAUGGAACUGCGUCCUGAUGAGGAACCAGGAUGUGGUCGAGCAGCCGGUGCGGCUGGAGACGUUGCCCCAGAGGCUGCUGGGAGAGGCCAAGCAUUUCAUUCAGAGGAACGCCAAUCGCCCAUUCCUGCUGUUUUUUUCUCUGGCUCACAUUCACACGCCGCUCUUCAAAAACCCUAAAUUCGCUGGAAAGAGUCAGCACGGUCGCUAUGGCGACAACAUGGAAGAGUUGGACUGGAUGAUCGGUGAAAUAACUGACACGGUGGAUUCUCUCGGCCUGGCCGGCGACACCCUGAUGUACUUCACGUCGGACCACGGGGGCCAUUUGGAAGACGCUGACGAUGCGGUGGGACAGAAGGGCGGCUGGAACGGAAUCUAUAGAGGUGGGAAGGCGAUGGGGGGCUGGGAGGGAGGGAUACGGGUUCCUGGAAUUUUUCGUUGGCCUGGUAAACUGAAGGCUGGCAGAGUCGUGGAUGAGCCAACAAGCCUCAUGGACUUGUACCCGACACUCACACAUUUGGCCCGAGACAGUCGACCAGACAGACCUUUAGAUGGCUACAACCUGAUGCCGUUGCUGCAGGGGAAGGAGCAGCGAUCCGAGCACGAGUUCAUGUUCCACUACUGCGGCGUGUACCUGAACGCAGCACGCUGGCACCCGCCUGACAGUGACUCCAUCUACAAGGUGCACUUUUUCACCCCCAACUUUUCACCGCCGGGAGCCAUUGGCUGCUACGACGGCAAAGUCUGUCCGUGCUCCGGAAAACAUGUGACGUACCACGACCCUCCGCUCAUGUUCAAUCUCCUCCACGACCCCUCGGAGUCCCGCCCACUGACCCCUGAUGCUGAGCCUCGCCAUGCGGAGGUCCUGGCUCAGCUCUCCAAAGCUGUUGAGAGUCACCAGAAAACUUUCAACAACGGUCAAACCUCCCAAAAUUCCGGUGGCAUUCCGAACCAAAUGACUUGGGACAAGAUCUUAUGGAGACCAUGGCUGCAGCCGUGCUGUGGAACCUUCCCUUUCUGUGGCUGCAGAGAAGAACAAACAGCAGCUAUUUAGAAAGAAUACUACAAGUAGUUUGGUGAUGGAGGGAUAUUCUCUUUGUGCAUUUGCUUAGCAGAGGCCUGUAAGUUCAACUGUUUUUACCAUUGACACGAAUCGGAAGGACUAAACAUUUCUUCAACCAUGAAGAUAAACAGUUAUGAUGCACUGAUGAAGCUUUAUGAAGCGGCGUGCUCUUCCAGAGCCCACUAGAUGGCACUGUCUGCUGCAAUAUAUGACUUUUAGCAAAUAGUUGAAUGAGACGUCACUCCGUUUUAAGACCAACAGCGCCACCUACCACCCUCUGAAGAACGGUUCUCUGCUUCACAAAGCUUUAUCUGUGUAAUAAGUGGAUGGGUGGAUGACCUGGUGUCGUAUUUUUUUUCUCAUCAAACUGGUAGACAUGGGAGGAAGUUGCUGGGUAAAAAUCUGUCAGGGUCAGUUUUUAUCUCCUGUGCUUCAGUGGGUUUUGUCUGGGUUUUUCCUCUCACAUUCCAAAAACACUAGUAGACGUAAUAGUGCGAGUGCUUGUCUGUCAAUAUGGGUCAUGUGAUGGACAGGUGUCCUGCCCGGGGGUCUCUCGCUGACCCCCCUCCUUUCCAUUGGCGGUACAUUUUGAAUGAUACUGUCAUAAGACAUUGGUAGUUCUGACAUGAAGGAAUUAAUAAAACAACAUGA